CUUUUUUGAAAGGAAAAAAAGACCUCUGAUACCGAAGCUUCAACCCUAAUCGGAAAAUCCACUCUCUUUGCUGAACUUUCAAGGAGACGCGAACAAAGGAAGACGAACUUUCAAGGAGACACGAACAAAGGAAGACGAUCUCCUUCCAGAGUACAUCGCCAUCAUUCCAUUGUUUUAUUCUCAUUUCAUAUUCAGCUUUGGCUUAUAGUAUAAUGGCUUCCUGCCAAGAAAAAGACGAAUUCCGCUUCAGGGUUUUAGAAGGGUGCUAGUACGUGCCAUAUCUACAUACGCGGAACCGGUGAGAGUUGAGUGCGUCUAACAACGGUGCAUUCUUCUUUUCCUACUGAUUAAUCAAUUUGUUUCACCGGUUAUUGAGAAGAUCCUAUUCUGGAGGUAGUAGGCAGAGCGAGAAAGAAACCUGAAAAAUGCAGCCAGAUAUUAGAAAAUGGUUCAUGAAGCAACAUGACAAAGCAGACGAUAAUGGCAAAGCACCAAAACCUGCAAAACCCACACUUGCGAUACCUGGGAAGGUGUCAACUGCUAAAGAUGCCUCACCUUCAUCACCCGUGACAUCAGUACAAGGUGGUCAAGAAAGUUCCGGGAGGCGGAAAACCAGUAAAUACUUUGCCAGUGACAAACAAAACAAAGAAGAUCCUACAGAAGUAUCUGAAGUCACAGCAAAAAGAAAGGCAAAGAGUGAUGAUGUGAAACCUUCACCUGUAAAGAAGUCACGGAAAGUGGAUGAUGAUGAUGAUGAUGACGACUUUGUAAUGCCCAAAACUGAAAAAAUCUCAGUUGAAACAACUCCUAGUAAGAAACUUAAGAGUGGUUCAGGCAAGGGGAUUCCCAAUGCAAGUGUGAAAGAAGAGGAUGUUGUGAUAAGUCCUAAAUCUGCUGGAAGAGGUCGUGGUAGGGGUAGGACAGCUGGCGGAAGGGGGACAAAGUUGGAAAGUGAUGAGGGCAAUGCUGAUGAUGAUGAGGAUGCUAAAGAGGUUAAGUCUGUUGGCCGUGGUCGUGGUGGAAGGGGUGGUUCAGCGGCGGCAGGUGGCGGAAGAGGUGGUGGACGUGGUGGAUUCAUGGCUUAUGGUGAAAGAAAAGAUCCUCCCCACAAAGGAGAAAAGGAAGUUCCGGAAGGUUCUCCUGAGUGUUUAUCUGGUUUGACAUUUGUCAUCAGUGGAACACUCGACAGUUUGGAAAGAGAAGAAGCUGAAGAUUUGAUUAAACGAUAUGGUGGUCGUGUUACUGGAUCUGUCAGCAAGAAAACGAAUUAUCUUUUAUGCGAUGAAGAUAUUGGUGGAAGGAAAUCAGCAAAAGCAAAAGAGCUAGGUACUGGUUUUCUCACUGAGGAUGGAUUGUUUGACAUGAUUCGUGCAUCAAAUCGUUCAAAAUCCACCAAAAAAGAAGAUCCCAAGAAACAAGUGGACAAAAUAGCUACACCUUCAAAAGCAAGCCCUAUUAAAGGAGGAAAUAAAAAGGAAGAAGUUGGUGAAUCUCCACAAAAGGGUAAAGCUACCACGCAUGCUAGUCCAGGUGUUGCUUCUUCCAUGCGGAAAAAACCAACAGUGGGGCAGUCUUCACUACCAUGGACAGAAAAGUACAAACCAAAGGUUCCAAAUGACAUCAUAGGGAAUCAGUCUCUAGUAAAGCAGCUUCAUGAUUGGUUGAUACAUUGGAAUGAUAAUUUCCUAAAUGGUGCCAGCAAGGCGAAGGGAAAGAAACAGAGCGACUCAGGGGCAAAGAAAGCAAUAUUGUUAAGUGGUACACCUGGCAUAGGGAAGACCACAUCAGCAAAGUUGGUUAGUCAGAUGCUUGGGUUCCAGACAAUUGAGGUUAAUGCCAGUGAUAGUCGUGGAAAAGCUGAUGCCAAAAUUGAAAAGGGAAUUGGUAGUAGCACUGCUAAUUCUGUUAAAGAGCUUGUGAGUAAUCAAUCUUUAAGUGUUGACUUUGACCGGUCAAAGCAUCCAAAGGCAGUGUUGAUUAUGGAUGAGGUUGAUGGUAUGUCUGCUGGAGAUAGAGGUGGUGUGGCUGAUCUUAUUGCCAGCAUUAAAAUAUCUAAAAUCCCUAUAAUUUGUAUAUGCAACGAUCGAUACAGUCAAAAACUAAAAAGCUUGGUCAACUACUGCUUACUUCUUUCCUUCCGGAAACCAACAAAACAACAAAUGGCGAAAAGAUUGUUACAGGUUGCAAAUGCAGAAAAGAUUCAAGUAAAUGAGGUGGCACUUGAAGAACUUGCUGAAAGAGUUAAUGGAGAUAUGCGUAUGGCUCUGAAUCAAUUACAAUACAUGAGUCUCUCAAUGUCUGUCAUUAAGUUUGAUGAUGUGAGACAACGCCUUCUUACUAGCUCUAAAGAUGAAGACAUUUCUCCAUUUACAGCAGUUGAUAAGUUGUUUGGUUACAAUGGUGGAAAGCUACGGAUGGAUGAACGGUUUGAUCUGAGCAUGAGUGAUAUGGAUUUAGUACCUCUUUUGAUUCAGGAAAACUAUAUAAACUACAGGCCAAGUACAGCUGGCAAAGAUGAGAAUGGUCUCAAGAGGUUGAACUUGAUCGCACGUGCUGCUGAUUCUAUUGCAAGUGGAGAUAUAAUCAAUGUACAAAUAAGAAGAUACCAAAAGUGGCAACUCUCUCAAAGUGGCUCGCUUGUGUCAGCUAUAAUCCCGGCUGCUUUGCUACGUGGACAAAGGGAAACACUUGAACAGGGUGAACGAAACUUUAACAGAUUUGGGGGGUGGCUUGGAAAGAACUCUACCAUGGGAAAGAAUUAUAGGCUUCUUGAAGAUGCUCAUGUUCAUCUUCUAGCUUCCCUACAAUUCAAUUUGGGCAGGUCAACCCUAUGUCUCGAUUAUCUGUCUCUUCUACUUAAGCACAUGACUGAUCCAUUAAAGACACUGCCAAAGGAUGAAGGUGUUGAAACGGUUGUGGAGUUUAUGGAUGCAUACUCUAUUAGUCAGGAGGAUUUUGAGUCACUGAUGCUCAUGUCCAAGUUUCAGGGGAGGCCGAAUUUACUUGAGGGUGUGCAACCUGCUGUGAAAGCUGCACUGACGAAGGCGUACAAUAAAGGAAGCAAGACACGAGUGAUACGUACAGCAGAUUUGAUCACACUUCCAGGCAUCAAAAAAGCUCCAAAGAAACGGGUUCAAGCAAUGCUAGAGCCAGUAGAUGUUGGUGAUACAACAGUGGAGAAUGAGGAAAACAACUCGGAUGAUGUUGAGGAUUUGGAAGGUGAUGCUGAGGAGGAAAAACCUAAAGUGGACAUUGCAAGCCUCUCUUCAAAAGGAAUUCAAGUACAAGUGGAUGCAAAAAAGGCUUCAGGCUCAAAGAAGGCCCCUGCUGCAGGAGGAGGAGGAGGCAGGGGAAGAGGGGGUGGUGCUGCUCCCAAACGGAAAAGAUGAAGGACAGGUUUGGUUUUGGUUUUUGUGAAGUUAUCUGUUUUGGGUGUUUGUGUUGUAAACAAUGAACAAAAUGUCUCAGAGAGUUUUCAAGAUAUGCAAUCUUUGGUACGAGUUUGUUGUUUUGGAUGAUCUUGGUCUCUUUUUGCAAAGCAG